ACCCCCUCUUUAAAUAACUCAAAGAACGGUUCAUCUGCUUUCCCAAUAUCUUCCCUCCCUCCUCUACCGGGCGAUUCGCUAGGGCUUCUCACAAGGUCGUUCGGUUGCCGGAUUCUCUGCCAUGAAUCCAGAAUAUGACUAUCUUUUCAAGCUUUUGCUAAUAGGAGAUUCUGGGGUUGGCAAGUCAUGUCUUCUUUUACGAUUUGCGGAUGAUUCAUACUUGGAGAGCUACAUCAGUACAAUUGGAGUUGAUUUUAAAAUCCGCACUGUUGAGCAGGAUGGAAAAACCAUAAAGCUACAAAUAUGGGAUACUGCUGGGCAGGAGCGCUUCCGCACAAUUACAAGCAGUUAUUAUCGUGGUGCUCAUGGCAUAAUUGUCGUUUAUGAUGUGACGGACCAAGAAAGCUUUAACAAUGUGAAACAAUGGCUAAAUGAAAUUGACCGUUACGCAACUGAAAGUGUGAACAAGCUUUUAGUGGGUAACAAAUGUGAUUUGACUGAUAAAAGGGUGGUUUCCUACGAAGCUGGCAAGGCCUUAGCUGAUGAGGUUGGAAUCCCCUUUUUGGAGACGAGUGCUAAGGAUGCUACAAAUGUUGAACAAGCCUUCAUGAAAAUGACAGCCGAGAUUAAGAGCCGUAUGGCAAGCCAACCCACGGUGAAUACCGGCAGGCCAGCGGCAACUGUUGAGAUGAGGGGGCAACCAGUUGCCCAGAAAAGCAGCUGCUGCUCAUAGGCGCUUUGCCUGGAUUCUGUGUUAUCAAAAGAUAUGGCUUUCUGCUGGGUGCAAUUCCCCACUCAAUGGGUGGUUAUUAUUAUGGCUUUAGGUAAUUGCUGCUCAUUCUGUAGAUAUUUGUUAAACCUUCAUGUUACUGGGUACUAUAAUAUGGUAUCAACAUUCUGAAUUCUGAAAAUUAUUACUUGCAGUAAUCUUUUCAAUAGUCUACUUACUAUUCAACA